CUUCUGUCUCGGUGAGCUGCGGUCGGCUCUUUCCCGCCUGGGCCUGUGUGGGCUUCUCAGCCAAGUCCAGCAGGCUGCGAGUGGGUUUCCCGAUCCCCCAGCCCUGCUUCCGCCUGCAGUUCUCCAAAGGACAUGGAUGAAAACGAAAUUACCCAGUCCCCAACGACAAGCAGCCAAUAUCCUAAAGAAGCAGUAAGAAAACGGCAAAAUUCAGCACGGAAUUCAGGAGGAAGUGAUUCAUCUAGGUUUUCCAGGAAAAGCUUCAAAUUAGAUUAUAGAUUAGAGGAAGAUGUAACUAAAUCGAAGAAAGGAAAAGAUGGGAGAUUUGUUAACCCAUGGCCAACAUGGAAAAGUAUCUCUAUUCCGAAUAUUCUCAGAUGGGUGAUAAUGGAGAAAGAUCACAGCAGUGUUCCAAGUAACAAAGAGGAACUUGACAAAGAGCUCCCAGUGCUUAAACCAUAUUUUGUGAAUGACCCUGAAGAAGCAGGAAUGAGGGAGGCUGGCUUAAGAGUCACAUGGCUGGGACAUGCGACACUGAUGGUGGAAAUGGAUGAGCUCAUAUUUCUUACAGAUCCUAUCUUUAGUUCUCGUGCCUCUCCAUCACAGUACAUGGGUCCAAAGCGAUUUUGUCGUCCUCCAUGCUCAAUAAGCGAACUCCCCUCAAUAGAUGCAGUCCUUAUCAGUCACAACCACUAUGACCACCUGGACUACAGUACUGUCAUCACCUUGAAUGAGCGAUUUGGUAACGAGUUGAGGUGGUUUGUGCCCUUGGGUCUCCUUGACUGGAUGCAAAAAUGUGGCUGUGAGAACGUGAUUGAGCUGGACUGGUGGGAGGAGAAUUGUGUCCCUGGUCACGAUAAAGUUACUUUUGUUUUUACUCCUUCCCAGCACUGGUGUAAAAGGACCUUAAUGGAUGACAACAAGGUUCUGUGGGGCAGCUGGUCUGUCUUGGGGCCUUGGAAUCGAUUUUUCUUUGCAGGAGAUACUGGAUAUUGCCCUGCUUUUGAAGAGAUAGGGAAGAGAUUUGGACCUUUUGACCUUGCAGCUAUUCCCAUUGGAGCUUAUGAACCAAGGUGGUUUAUGAAAUACCAACAUGUCAACCCAGAAGAUGCUGUAAGGAUUCACAUUGAUGUACAAGCAAAGAAAUCUGUGGCAAUUCACUGGGGAACUUUUGCCUUAGCAAAUGAGCAUUACUUAGAGCCUCCUGUGAAACUGCGUGAAGCUCUAGAAAGAUAUGGACUUCAAACUGAAGAUUUUUUUGUCCUGAAGCAUGGAGAAUCAAGAUAUUUAAAUACAGAUGAGAAGACUUUGAGUAAAUAGGAAAAUAGAUUAAUUUUAUGGGAAUGGCAUCAGUUGCUAUAAUUUUGAAAACAAAACGACUAAGAAAUUCAUAAAUAUUAUGACUUUUUACAUUUGGAAACUAUCUUUUCAUGUGUGUUUUAUGUUUUGUAUAUAACUUGCUUACUAAUAUGAUAAACAGCUUUAUAUAAACUAUGAAAGAUUUUAGGGGUAGAUCAAAUAAUUAUUUGGGCAAUGUAGAUUUAAGAAAUCUUAUAUCAAUGAUGUAACUAUUGUAAUAGAUGUUUGUUUUUACUAAAGCAUACUUUAGUGAUAGAAUUUUUCAAGGUUAUAAAAAUUAUAUUAAAUGUUUGUUUUCUGUUCCUUAGGGUCUUAAACAAGAUGAGUCAAGGUUAUCUACCUUCCUAGAUUUUUUUCCAGAGGUCUGCAUCCCCACCUCUUUCUUACAUUUAUGUUGUAGUAAAUGAUAUAAUUAAAAAUUAACUCGUAUGUGCUUA